AUGCUAUCAAAGGAAACUAUUGAUACAGAUAGGAUACCAACAUGGGUACAGAUAAAUUUUAAUGAUUUGACCUUAGAGGCCGACUUUUAUGUUAUAGAGAUGAAAGACUUUUAUGUUAUUUUAGGCAUGGAUUGGUUGGAUCGGAAGGAGGAAUUCAGAUUUUAUGGAUCAAAGGUUAAGGCACUUCUUUGCGUCAUAUCAAUUUUGAAGGCAAAAAGAAUGUUGAGGAAGCCUGACUGCCAGGGGUAUCUUAUCAGUCUUAUUAGCACCUCAUCUCAAGAGAAAAUAUUGGAUGAUGUGCCAAUAAUACGGGAGUAUACCGACGUGUUUUCAAACGAUCUACCGGCUACUCUCGUGUCCAAAACUCCAUAUCGAAUGGCACCAAAGGAGUUACAAGAGUUGACGAUGCAGCUAGAAGAACUUCUAGAGAAAGGGUUUAUUAGACCAAGUGUAUCUUCAUAG